AUGCCUGAAGCCCCGGCCAAUGGCGCCCGCGCCGGCCUGGACCUGGCAGCCUCCGAAAAGGCUUUGGCCUCAUCCUCGACCGCGGAGCGCAUUGCCCAUCUACAGCAGCUCGACGACUCGAUAACGCAAAAAUCGCUGGAUCAGCAGCUUAUCCAAGACGUCCUCGACCUUUUGUUUGGCACCCACGCCCUCUACCAAGACCGAGAAUCCCGAAUUGCCGUCCAGAAAUGUCUCGCCUCGGCCAUCAAGGCUGGAGCGAGCCCCAAGACGCUGGGGGCUUUGGUCAAGGCUCUGCGCCAAGAGACUCAAAAGCCAGGCAUCGCAGUGUCCAACGCCUUCGUCAUGGUCGAGUGGUGCAGCAUUUUCAUGCAGCACCUGACUGGUUCUCCCCUUUGGGACGAGCUGGGCAACGAUGUUCUCUUGGCCGGAGCUGAUGCCCUGGAAAAAUGUCUGCAGCCAAGCUCAAAGAGUGGUGUGGUCCGCUCCGCCCUUGUUGUUACUAGGAGAGGGUUUCGCAAGCUUUUCUCGCCUGUCCAAUCGCGUGAUAAGAACCUGGCCACGACCGUCUCAACUCUCACAGCCAAGGGCCAACAACCUGUGGCCAAGCAUACUUUGAUUCUGGGUGUCAUUGCUGGUGUUUGUGCCCGCCAGCCCGAGCUCAAGUCGCAGCUAGAGACACAUAAGCAAAAAUACCACGAGUUUUACGUUCGAGAGGUCAUCGGCUCUCGAACAGCGCUGCCUGAGCAUGUCGCCUGUGGACUCGACGACUUCUUCCGCCACUUUGUCACCCUCGACGAGCUUGAAAGGGACCUAAUUCCGGCAAUCGAUAAAAGUCUGCUGCGUGCCCCCGAGGUCAUCCUCGAGGGUGUUCUGAAGCCUCUCGUGACGUCUCUUCCCGACAGUAUGGAUCUGUCCAAGUUGCUUCAUGGCAAGCUUCUCAAGCCCCUUCUGUCCAACAUCAAAUCCAGCAAUCCAGCUAUCCGCGCCGGGGCCAUCACCGUCUUUCGGGCCAUGGUGAAGCGCUGCUCCAAUCUCCAAGCCAUGGACGCGGUCGUCAGCGAGAUUGCCAGCCCCCUGGCUGCCGGAAAGCUUGCCUCUCCCGAACAGAGGGUCCUUCAUGCUGAGAUGCUGGAGGCGACCCCGCUGUCUGAGGAGGGCGCGAACAAGACCUCUUCGGCGCUCGUGGCCGUGGCAUCCAAGGAGGGAAAUGAAGCAGCUUUGGCCGCUGAGACCUCCGCUCUAGCACGGUCCAUCGUCAAGAUACUCGAGACAGGGAGGGAGUUGCCGAAGCCUGUACUGGACGCCACGGUCAAGGGAUUGGCUGAAAAGAAGCCGGGCUCACGCAGGCUGUGGCUGCUUCGUGUUGGAAGUGUCCUGCAUUCGUUGGAACACCACAAGUCAACACCGGGGAUAUCGGCAUUCGCCGAGGCUGUGAUGCCAAAGCUCGUUGCCAACUCUGAGGAAGUGAUGGGAAAUGCAGCCGCAGCCGCCCAGAACGGUCUCCUCGUUGGCGCAUAUGUGCUCACGGCUUUGGCCCCGGCUUUGCUGCAAAAAUUCGAUGGUUCCGCCUUCAUUGCCCCUUUGACUAAGAUAGCGGUUCCGGCUCAGGCACUUUCACUAUCCACAAAGCAAGCCUUUCUCCUCAAUUACCGGAUCUACAGCAAGAUCAGCGUAGAAGAAGACCUGCAUUGGUUUUGCCGAGCUCUAACGUCUGUCGCUCCGCAAGUGGUCGACGCGACUGACAAGGACGUCACCUUGGCUUGGUCCGAUGCCAUGAUAUACCUGAUAACGGCAAGCAGUGUUCCAUCGAGAGUGCAGAUAGAGGCAGCAAAGACUGUUUCCAGGCUUUACGCUCACAAUCCGUUGGUGAUAUCCCGGAUCAUGGUCGAGGGCUUGUGGAACUGCCUGGCACGGGAUGAGGCCAAGGACAAAGACACCAAGCUGGAGCGGACAACCCUCAUUAACGUCCUUCGUGACAAAGAUGCCCAAGAAGCCCAGGCCUGCACUUUGCUAGUGCUUUCUCGCCACGAACUUAUUCCGCGGUCCAGUUGGAUAGACUUGUGUCUUCGAAUGUCCGUGGAUCCGGGGAGUCUCGCGCGCAACCAUCUGGAUGAGCUGCUGGAUGAGAUUGCGCAGAGGACGUCUCUUGACCAGCCGAAACCAAAGUCGGACCUCUUCAAACAAGCUGCGUACAAUGCCGCUGCCGAAUUAGCCUUUGUCGCGCCUGAUGUCGUCAUUCCACGGGUGAUGGAGCUCGUCAGCAGAGAUCUUGAUGCUGGCCAGAUCAGCAACGUCGGACCUGUCGAGGCAGCCAUCUUCAGGACCCCAGAUGAAACCUGUUUUGUUGACGUCCUUGCCAAAAAGAAACAAAGCACGGUUCCCAACAAGAACAGCAAGGAUUACGACAUCCUGAAAUGGGAAGAGGAGCUUAGGACCCAACUGGAACAGAAAAAGGGGCAGCAACGAAAGCUCACCGCUGAGGAAUCAUCCAAAGUGAACGCUCAACUGAAGAAGGAAACCCAGAUCAGAAAAACCCUUCGAGAAGUUGAAGCAAAGUUUAUGCGCGGCAUUGGCAUUAUCAAGUCUCUUGCAACGGGGCCCCCGACCGAUGCCACGCUUUGGCUCGGUACUGCUGUUGCUUUGCUCCUUGGCAUUACGGACGCUGGCGCCAGCCUCAUCAUUGGGGAUGCGGCUUCAUUGGCUUACAUUGUCUGUUCCGACAAGGUGGCGACGAGGUUGGGUUCCGUGCGCCCUUUCAUUGGAGUAGCAUCUUUGCGAGUCCGAGGGGCGACGCUGUCCAAUACUUACGACCAAGAACGCCUCGAGGAUCUCGUCACACGAGUCCUCUACCGCCUCCGUUUUGCUGGAGAGCAGCGGCCAUUUGAUGCCGUCUCUCUGAUAUACGUCAUGCCACUCGUUCUGGAGAUUCUGCGUCAAGGCGGAUUGGGAGAAGCUGAAGAUGACCGCGACGCACAACUUGUGCUGGCCCUGGAAUUCCUCUCCUCUCACACCGACGUGUGCGAAGAUGAGGCAAUUUCCCGUGCAGAGCUCAUGACAGUUCUCAUCCAGGCAAUGCAGGCUCACGCCCAGCACUAUAAACUCGUCAGGGAAUGCUUUGCCGAUGCCUGUCGCUGCAUAGCACCCAACAUGAACCAAGACGAGAUGAUGGUGUUGGCCAAGGGAGCGACUGUAUCCCACGCCGGGGUCAGGACAACCGUGUUGCAGUCAAUCAGCGCCGACGUCGAUAUGAGCGAUCUCGGCUAUUCCGACGAGAUAUGGCUCGCGUGCCACGACGACGUGGAAGAAAACCGCGGACUUGGGAGAGAAAUUUGGGAAGAGAGCGGCUUCGAUAUCAAUGCCACAGUUCCCAUGAGGAUGGUGCCGUAUCUAGAGAGCAAGGAUUCUCAGUUACGUAGGGCAGCGGCGCGCUCCUUGGCAGACUCGGCACAGUCGCACAAGGAAACCCUGGGUGAAGUCAUUCCUCAUCUUAAGUCCAUGUAUCUGGAGCUUGCAAAACCCAAGGUCCAGCAGCUCGACGAGUUUGGAAUGCCCAAGAAGAUGGAUCUAUCCGACCCUUGGGAAUCCAGACACGGCACUGCGGCAGCCUUCAAGGAGCUCACUUCUGUCAUGGAUAAAGAGCAAAUCGAUGAUCUCUUCAAUUUCCUGAUCGGGGCCGGACCUCUCGGCGACAAGAGCGACACUGUCCGGGGAGAAAUGCUGGACGUGGCUAUUCGAGCAACUGAGGUCCACGGCAAGGAAAUGAUUGAUCAACUGAUGAAGAAGUUUGAGCGCACGCUGGAGCAACCAGACAAGAACAGCGAGACCGCUGACCGGGUGAACGAGGCCGUCAUCAUCAUCUAUGGAGCUUUGGCACGACACUUGAAGCCGGGCGACGCCAAAAUACCCGUCGUGGUUGAACGGCUGCUGGCAACCCUGAGCACUCCGUCGGAAACCGUCCAAUACGCAAUUGCCGAGUGUCUGCCUCCGCUCGUCAAGGUCUGCUCAGACAAGUCGUCCAAAUAUUUCGACAAAGUCAUGGAUGAAUUGCUCAACUCCAAGACGUAUGCCGGUCAGAGAGGUGCCGCGUAUGGCCUAUCUGGAUUGGUCCUCGGGAGAGGCAUCUCCACGCUCCGAGAAUAUCGAAUCCUGUCAACACUGAAAGGAGCCAUGGACAACAAGAAGGACGCACAUCAGCGAGAAGCUGCUCUUCUGGCAUUCGAGCUCCUGUCUACAGUUCUUGGCCGUCUGUUCGAGCCAUAUGUCAUCCAGAUCGUGCCGUUACUCCUCGGCGGCUUUGGCGACAGCAACGGCGAUGUGCGAGACGCCUGCCUUGCAGCCGCCAAGGCAUGCUUCGGCAAAUUGAGCUCUUACGGCGUGAAACAAAUCAUGCCGACUCUCUUGGACGGACUUGAUGACCAGCAAUGGCGCACUAAGCGAGGUGCUUGUGACCUUCUCGGCGCCAUGGCAUAUCUCGAUCCGAACCAGCUGGCCAACAGUCUACCGGAUAUCAUCCCCCCGUUGACUGGUGUGUUGAAUGACAGUCACAAAGAGGUCCGAGCCGCCGCAAAUAGAAGCCUGAAGCGCUUCGGCGAAGUCAUCACCAAUCCGGAAGUCAAGAGCCUGGUUGAUGUGCUCCUCAAAGCACUCAGCGACCCCACCAAGUACACCGAUGAAGCGCUGGACUCUCUCAUCAAGGUGCAGUUUGUGCAUUAUCUCGACGCCCCAUCUCUGGCGUUGGUCACUCGAAUCCUGCAGCGUGGGCUGGGGGAUCGUUCCAACACCAAGCGAAAGGCAGCUCAGGUCAUUGGCAGCUUGGCCCAUCUGACAGAGAAAAAGGACAUCAUCUUUCAUCUCCCCAUCCUUGUCGCCGGUCUCAAGAUUGCUGCCGUCGACCCAGUGCCGACCACCCGCGCAACGGCAUCCCGAGCGCUCGGCUCGCUUGUCGAGAAACUGGGCGAGGACUCUCUGCCCGAUCUCAUUCCCGGCUUGAUGCAGACUCUCAAGUCAGAUACGGGCGCAGGAGACCGUCUUGGCUCUGCCCAGGCGCUCAGUGAGGUGCUUGCUGGGCUGGGAACAACACGGUUGGAAGAAACGCUGCCGACAAUCCUGCAGAACAUCGAGUCCUCCAAGCCAGCAGUCCGGGAGGGCUUCAUGUCCCUCUUCAUCUUCCUUCCUGUUUGCUUCGGUAACAGCUUUUCCAGCUACCUUGGCCGUAUUGUUCCGCCUAUCCUGGCAGGGCUGGCAGACGACGUCGAGUCGAUCCGGGAAACCGCCCUUCGAGCCGGCCGACUCCUUGUUAAGAACUUUGCCAUCCGCGCCAUCGACCUCCUCUUGCCAGAGCUUGAGCGUGGCCUGGCAGACGACAACUACAGGAUUCGUCUCAGCUCUGUUGAGCUCGUUGGUGACCUCCUCUUCAACCUCACUGGCGUCAAGGCGAACGACGAGGACGACGAUGAGGAGGAGGAGGAGGAUGACGGCAAAGAAGCGAGCGUAUCCCUCAAGGAAGUUCUCGGGGAGGAGAAGCGUAACAAAAUUCUCUCGGCGCUCUACGUUUGCCGCUGCGAUACUGCAGGCGCCGUUCGCUCGGCUGCCAUGGCGGUGUGGAAGGUCCUGGUCUCCAGCCCGAGAACGCUUAAGGAGCUUGUUCCGACCCUCACGCAGCUGCUCAUCAGACGCCUGGGGAGCUCCAACAUGGAGCAAAAAGUCAUUGCCAGCAACGCGCUCGGCGAGCUUAUCCGCAAAGCCGGAGAUGGGGUUCUGUCCAGCUUGUUGCCAACCCUGGAGCAAAGCCUUCAAUCGUCGACUGAUUCCGAUGCAAAGCAGGGCAUCUGCCUGGCUCUUCGAGAACUCAUCUCCUCAGCAUCGCCCGAGGCCUUGGAAGACCAUGAGAAGACACUCAUCUCGGUCGUACGAACCGCACUCACGGACUCGGACGAAGAGGUCAGGGAAGCCGCUGCAGAGGCAUUUGACUCGCUGCAGCAGAUUCUUGGCAAGCGGGCCGUCGAUCAAGUUCUUCCCUUCCUUCUCAAUCUCCUUCGUUCAGAGACUGAGGCAGACAACGCUCUAUCGGCUCUUCUCACGCUCCUCACUGAGACUACGCGAUCGAAUAUCAUUCUGCCCAACUUGAUUCCAACAUUGACAACACCGCCCAUCACCGCAUUUGACGCCAAGGCCCUGGCCUCGUUGUCAAGGGUUGCCGGAGCUGCCAUGAAUCGACGCUUGCCCAACAUCAUCAACGCUCUGAUGGAAAAUGAGAUCAACUGCAAGGAAGACGAUCUUCGGGCAGAGCUGGAGACUUCAUUCGACACCGUCGUCCAAUCCAUAGACGAGUACGACGGUCUCAACACGGUCAUGAAUGUCCUUUUAGGGCUCUUGAAGCACGAUGAUCACCGAAGAAGAGCAGCCACUGCGCGUCACCUUGGAAACUUUUUCUCCUCAACAACGGUUGACUACUCGCGCUACAAUCAAGACAUUAUUCGCUCGCUGCUCAAUUCCUUUGGCGACGGCGAUAUGGACGUUGUCAAGGCUGCGUGGGCCGCUCUCAGUGAGUUUACAAAGAGGCUCAAGAAGGAGGAGAUGGAGUCUCUCGUUGUGUCGACUCGGCAGACUCUGCAGCGGGUCGGCGUUCCAGGAGCAAACCUGCGCGGGUUCGAGCUCCCCAAAGGCAUCAACGCGGUUCUGCCCAUCUUCCUGCAGGGUCUAAUGAACGGAACGGCCGAACAGAGAGUCCAGGCAGCGCUGGGUAUUUCCGACAUUGUGGACAGGACCAGCGAGCCUUCGCUCAAGCCCUUCGUCACCCAAAUCACGGGCCCGCUAAUCCGGGUCGUGUCUGAACGCGCAACCGAGGUCAAGGCGGCCAUUCUUCUCACCUUGAAUAACCUGCUGGAGAAGAUGCCUACGGCGCUCAAGCCUUUCCUUCCGCAGCUGCAGCGGACCUUUGCCAAGUCGCUGGCAGACGCCUCAAGUGAGACGCUGAGAACGAGAGCUGCCAAGGCGCUGGGGACUUUGAUCAAGUACACUCCUCGAAUCGACCCCUUGAUAGCUGAACUGGUCACUGGAUCGAAGACGGCGGACCCUGGGGUGAAGACGGCCAUGCUCAAGGCUCUCUUUGAAGUCAUUAGCAGAGCUGGGGCCAACAUGGGCGAGUCGUCACGAUCUGCUGUGCUCUCGUUGAUCGACAUGGAGGCCGACGAGAGAGACGACAUAAUGACGGUCACCAACGCAAAGCUCCUGGGGGCGCUGAUUAAGAACGUGCCCGAGGAUGCUGCAAUGACGCUUCUGAAACACCGGGUCAUGACCAACCACGUCAGCCAUUCAUCUGCGCUCGCUCUCAACGCGGUGCUCGUAGAGUCGCCGGACACUCUUCUGCAAAGCGCCAUGGCGGAGGAGCUCCCAGAUUUGCUCUGCCAGGGCAUGACCAACAAGAAUACGUACGUUGCCGAUAAUGUCAUCCUAGCAACGGGCAAGGUGCUGCUCACGUCUCCCCCCAAGAGCUUCGACAGCAUGAAAAAGAUGUUUGAGACAUUGGCCAAAGUCAUCGAGCCAGGCAAUCCUACAGAUUCUCGUCGGCUAGCCCUCGUGAUCACGCGGACGCUCAGCAGGACAAACAUGGAACUGGUGCGACCUCAUGUGCCAACUCUCGCGCCGCCCAUCUUUGCCAGCGUCAGAGACGCAGUCAUCCCCGUCAAGCUGGCGGCCGAGGCGGCAUUUGUCGAGCUGUUUUGCGUGGCAGAUGAAGAGAGCCGGGUGUUUGACAAGUUCAUGGCCGGCCCCGGAGCGAGCAUGCCGCCUAACACCAAGAGGAGCAUGACGGACUAUUUCAAGAGAGUUGCCAUCAGGCUCGGCACGCAGGCUCGAGAGAGGAGAGAGGCCGAGGGGGGCCAAGGGGGGUUGGGUCUGUCGAAUGACGAGCAGGAGGAUGAAAAGGAGAUUUGGAGCGUGGGCAAGCUGCAAGUUGCGGGCGAGCUGAUGAGCAGCUACCAGGCGCACCGCACCGUGCGCCAACCCUGGUCCAGGCUCUUUUACAACGACGGCGCCAAGAACGGGCAUCAGACAAAUGAAGACGAAGACUGA